CAUGUCCGGCGUCACCAGCCUCAUCACUCACAGCCUCCCUCUCCUUUUUACUGUAUGUCAGUGGGCAUGCGGUUGUUUGUGUCUAAACGCGCUGUCAUGUGAGAUGCGAGUAAGCCGGUUCUUCUGCACCUGGGACUUUGUUUCCAGUCUCCAUGGGGGAGAAGGAGGAUCGCUGACACCAUUUGUAUUUAUUGCCUGUGCAAAGCAUACCAAAACAUCAACCUAUUUCCAGCAUAUCCUGAGAAGCAGAACAGAGAUUUUGACUCUUCAGGGUGUUAACUGGGUCUCCAAAGUGAAACCUCUUCAGGUGUUUAGCAGAGGAGACAAAAAAGCGCCAUGGGGUCCAGUUCCUCAUCCUUCCCCCCCAGAAACAUUUACCUGGAUGUCGAAGGGAAGGUGCAGAAGGUAGUUUUCAGUCAGCACUGUAGUCCGUGUGACAUCAAGGAACUUCUGUGUUCCUCAUCCAACCUUCCCAGGAACUCUGCCAUUAAGGUUGUAAAUCCAGAAGGUGCCAUGGUCUCCAUCGAUGCCACAAUGCCCACCAACUCUCCAAAUUUUCUUUACAAAGUUGUCCCGCUAUCUUCUGAUCAGCCAGGAGACAGGGAGGACAUGUUUCAGAGCGUGCUGUCUCAGGUGGCAGAGCAGUUCACCAGAGCCUUUCGCAUCAGUGAGCUGAAGGCUGAGGUCACCAACAGGUUGGCAGCGUUGGAAAAGAGAGUGGAAAUGGAGGGUUUGAAAGUAGUCGAAAUCGAAAAAUGUAAAAACGAUCUGAAGAAACUUCGAGAUGAGAUGACUUCAAGAGGUGGAAGUAGGGUAAGCUGUUCCUGCAAAUUCAAUUUCUCAGAAGAGGGGAAGAAGGUCACACCUAGAAGAGAUGUCCCCACUUACCCAAAGUACACACUGUCUCAGGAGACCAUUGAGGCACUGAAGAAGCCAACGUUUGACGUUUGGCACUGGGAACAUAAUGAGAUGUUGAGUUGUCUGGAGUUUAUGUACCAUGACUUGGGAUUGGUGAAGGAAUUUAACAUGAACCCCAUCAUACUCAAACGCUGGCUGCUGGCGAUACAGGAAAACUAUCGCAACAAUCCUUUCCACAACUUUCGACACUGCUUCUGUGUUAGUCAGAUGAUGUACGGCAUGAUUCACCUUUGCAACCUGCAGGGGAAGCUGACCCUCACAGAUCUGGGAAUUUUAAUGACAACAGCGGUGUGUCAUGACUUGGACCACCCUGGCUACAACAACACAUACCAAAUCAACGCUCGCACGGAGCUGGCAGUGCGCUACAACGACAUCUCCCCGCUGGAGAACCAUCAUUGUGCUGUGGCCUUUCAGAUCCUUUCGCUUCCUGAGUGCAACAUCUUUGCAAAUGUUGAUCCAGAGGCAUUUAAAAAGAUCAGACAGGCUAUUAUCACCCUUAUUCUGGCCACUGACAUGGCCAGGCACGGUGAGAUUCUUGAAGGCUUCAGGCAGAAACUGGACAACUUUGAUUUUAGCAACGAGGACCAUGUGAUGUGUUUGCAGAAGGUGUUGAUCAAGUGCUGCGAUAUUUCCAACGAGGUGAGGCCAACUGAGGUUGCUGAGCCGUGGGUGGACUGUUUAUUGGAGGAAUACUUCAUGCAGAGUGACAGGGAGAAGUCUGAGGGUCUUCCAGUAGCUCCCUUCAUGGACAGAGACAAAGUUACCAAACCCACAGCUCAGAUUGGAUUCAUCAAGUUUGUCCUCAUCCCCAUGUUUGAGACAGUCAUGAAGCUAUUCCCUCAGAUUGAAGAAAUCAUGGUUCAGCCUUUGAGAGACUCUCGAGACCAUUAUGAGGAGCUGAAGCAGCUUGAAGACUCAAUGACAGUGGAGUCGUCUUUCAUGGGCCGAUUGAAGAAAGAUUUGAAAAGUGAGUGAGGCCCCGGUGAAGACAUUCGGUGCUGCAUACUGAAGAUGACAGCUGAAGCAGGGGCCUAAGAUAAAAGUGACACAGCUCUGCAGCACGCUGAACUAAAAUUAGGCAAUGCAUUUCUUGAACUUUGACUUUGAUUUUUACAGCAGAUGAUGAAGGGAGGUGCAUAUUUAUGCCGUGAACGCACUAGUCUAUGAAUUUGCAUUUUUUAAAAAUGUGUUGUUUGUUUUUUUGGCCAGAAAAUCUAAGGGAAUCGCUUUUCCAAUCAGAGAGUAAUUUAUUUUAAUUUAUUAUGUGCUUUCACAAUCUAUAGAACAAGAUUUGUAGUUUGCCAAGGUUUUGGCUGUUUAAAUAAAUAAAAGGGGCCAGAGUGGCACAUUUUAAAUGAAAAUCUAGCAAUAAAGUUUCACUUGGUAUUACAAAUUAAUGUUUUUUCCCAAGAAUUAUACAAUGUCAUACAUUCAUCUUUUAAUGAAUUGUCCUUUUGCAUUUACUUUUUAGUGGAAUACAGUGCAUGAAGUGUGUUAUAAAACAUAGGGUGACUGAGGAGCCAAAAUAAACUUUCCUUUAAUAGGAAAAAACCUCAAGUUGCAGCAAUUUGCCUUAUCCAGUUUAAAACUAAACAGGCAGUAAAAUACAUGGAACAAAAAUAUGGGGCCUCAAAAAAUAGUCCCAACUGUUAAUGGAGAACAAACUGGAAAAAUCAAACUGAAAAGUGAAAAUUGGUCCUAAGCUAAGACAACCCAAACUUAGCUAAAGCACAGCUUUAGCCUCAGUCUUAAAAAUAGACAGGGUGCUCACAGAUAAAGCUUGGGAGUUGGCUCCACCAGAGAGCAGCCUGAUAACUUUGAGACCUGCCUCCCAUUUCAGAAGCUGCAGGAACCACAAAUAAAAACUGCAGUCUAGGCGUGAAGGGCUGCGCUGGAAAUUAAGGGAACUAUGAAGUCGUUAAGAUAAGAUUGAGCCAGACUAUUUAUGGCUUUACAAGUAAAACAAAGUUAAAAUUUUAGAUACCAUCAUGAGAAUUUUCUUUUGAUCAUCUGAAGUCUUUCAAGGUAAUUUUUUUGACCUUGUUAUGAUAAAGAGCAAAAAAAGCCCAGCUAUGGAUUGACAGAUACCCUGGUUUGAUGUUCUGUAUCACUUUCUGCACCUACUUUUGGCAAUUUUCUGCAAAUAAAGAUGGAACAGGAAGGUCGGUGUCCGGAAACCUUUAGAUGUGUCCCUGGCACAACACACCAGAAUCAAAUGGCUCAAUUACAUAAUGCAGUCAAGUUCUCCACAGUCUAGCGAAUGACCUCAGUAUUUGACUCAGGCUUGCCGAAGCAGAAACACGACUAAAAGUUGCUGUACAUCCAGCCUCGAGAACCGGAUUUGAAUGUGAUGUUAAUACAGCAUGAACAAAACAUCUACUGUGAAUAGGAUUAAUUAAAAGCCUUUCUCCACAUAACCAAAAUGUUAGACAUGGACUGUCACUUUGGUAAAUUUUUUUGUUAUCAUUCCUACUUUAAAUUACCCAACCAUUUCUGCGCAUCUCAUGUCUUCAGGAGGACGUUCGAGAGCCGAUGCGUGCCGAAACUAAACACUGCCUCACCUUGUUUAGAUCUUGUCGAUUUAAGAGACGAUGUGAUAGGAUCCAUUUUUGAGGUAUUCGUCAGGACUCUGAUGGAGGCAUUUUGGAUGAGCUGCACUGGUGGAAUUUUUAUUUUACCUGUAUAAACACUGUGACAGUAAUGUAACCUUCUCAAGGUAAUAGCAGGCACCAGUUUUUCUGUCUUGUUCUGACAGAAAAACACGACCUAUGCUUUGACGUCCCACAUCUUUCCCUCUCUAAACACAUUCUCAGUCUACACCAGAAUACAACAACUUCAAAAUAGUCAUAUACGCAACUCAUGUGCUCUCUGUGAUUUAAAAGUUCAGGCAAAGCAUAAUAAGUUAUAGGAACAAGGUUAGUGGCUGGUUUUUAUAUUCAUGAAUGCUGCCUCGUGCAGUGAGUAGAAAACCUUCCAGGUGUUCCCACCCCACCAUCACUACCUGAUGUGUUUCAUUCAGCUGUUCUACGGUUCUACUCCUCUCAUUUGUCAAACUUAUCACUACUUUUUCCAAGUGACGACAACCCAAAGGUGUACUUAUGGAAACCCACUCCACAGUCCACACCCACUUUUCCUGCCACAGUUUCCCUGCGAGCCACAGGGAUGGUGGUGGUUUUCCUCCAGGUACUUCACGCUGCUUUUAUGGAUGCCUUUUUAUGCAGCAUGUUGUAAAUUACUCUGUUAUUACUUUACCUUUAGGCUACAUCUGACAUCCACUAAAUGCCGCCUGUGUAGUUCUGGUGAAAUUAUAUGACUACACACUGGCAAACAGUGCAGAUCAACAAUGUUUGUACUCUACUUUAGGUGGAAGGUUUGCCUGAAUUGUUUUACAUCUAUGUAGCAUGACUAAACUACAUUUGCAGCCCACCAGUGUGCAAUCUAUUUUGAUGAAUGUGUUCAUUUGCCUGUCAGUUUGAGUGUUAUUCCGACUUAAGUUGCUAAAGAGAUAAUCUUGAGGCAACAACAGAGAAAUCAGCAGACCACAUGCUUCAGUGGCUGUUCAGAUGAAAGAGGAGAAAAGGCUUGUUUUGGACUUGAAUAAAGGUAAUUACCCACUACCUUCACCACAUUGCAUGACAGAGAGUUGAGAAUUAUCAUGUAAGAAAUGCUGUAAUCAAAUGAUGUUUUAUCACAUCAUACUAUUGUCCUGUUUAUUGCAAUGCUAGCUAUAAAUAAAAUGUGUUAUAAAUAAAAAAUGCCUAAGAUGUGCUCAAUUAAAAAUAGAUGAUGGAAAAUGUUAAUUUUAGAUAUUUUUUUUGUGAGAUGCAAGCAGCUUUUAGUCUUUUUUUUUCUUUUCAUUUUUCUUUAUUUUAUUUUAUUUUUACAAAAGUUAGUUGGGCCAGUCUCUAACUUGUUGACUGGUGUUUUUUGAUGAAAUCGACACUAAUUAAAUCUCCUCGUAUUUAAACCUCUGUAGCUGUUUUGUUUGCCUGCAGGCAGGAUGCCACAUCACAGCACACCAUCACAAUACUUCAACUGCUUUGCUUGUGGAUAUGAAGGGAAAUGCAUUAAUUAU